CAAACUGCUUUGGAGUUUUAGGAAAAGGGAAACAAAAGAAAGUUUUAAGAACAAUUUGUGUGCCUCUGGCUUUCGGAGUUGCAGGCAUGAGGUUUGAAAUUUUUGUGUGUUUUGCGGCUCUAGUUGCUGCAAAUGUUUUGGGAAAUGAGGAAAAUGGAUAUAUGAAAAUCCGACUGCUGUCUACCUCAGCUAGUGAUUAUACCAGAGAGAAACGAGCUGCCGGUCACAUGCCGGAACAUCUGGCUUUUGAGGUAGACUCACCGCUUGAGAAACACGUUCUUAGAUUGACACGCAGCAGUGGCAUUCCAACCUACAUCGCCAGCGAGAGCGGCACAGCAGAGCUUACGAAUGACGCAAGGGAUCAUGCAUUAUAUGUGGAUAGAAGUCGACGAUCUGUUGUCAUGGUAAAACGAUCAGCUCCUGGCACAGAUAAAUACACUUUGACAGGACAAAUCCAGCUUGCGGACUCUUUAGUCCACAUCGAACCUUCCAAGCGAUCCAAACGAUCCGAUGAGGAUGACACGAGUUUGGGAUCGGACGAAGUCAUUGAAAUCAACCCAGAUGGUAUUCACUCCGUCCUGAAAGCUUCUCCAAUCGAUUUGUCGGAUGAUGAACGUACACCCGACAGAAAGAAGAGAAAUGUCUAUGAGAACAUGAAGACUUACGUGGACGAUAAAAUCCGAAGAGUGAAAAGACAAACUUCUGUAUAUACUGUUGAAUUGUGUAUGAUCGCUGACUUCUCUGUUUACAGUUACUAUCUUACCAAGAACAGCAACAAUGCAGCUCUUGCAAAUGCAGAAAUUGAAAAAAUUUACAGUUAUUAUGCUGAGCAGAUCAAGGUCCGUUAUGAUAAUGUCAAUGAAGUUGACUCUUCUAUCGAUAUCAACAUCGUCAUUUCCGGUUUGGUGAUUUUGACGACUGCUGCUCAAUCAGCUCCUAGCGAAAACAAUAAAGAUGGCGUAGAGUUGGACUCUGGCGUUGCCCUGGACGCCAUUGAUUUGUUUGUUGUCAAUCCACCAGCAGGAGUAACUCUUCCACCAAGCGAUCACUACAUGUUCUUCACCAAACUUGAUUUGAGAAGCCCCGGCUCCGCCAUCGGAUCUGGUCUUUCAAACACAGGUCUGGCUGGAGUAGGAACUUUAUGUGAUUCGUUUACCUCGUCAAAUUCAGCAACCUCGAUUGUAGAAGAUGACUUGACUGCCGGUGUCGGUGCCGUAGCGGCUCAUGAAUUGGGACAUGGUUUGAGUGGUAGACAUGAUGAUCCUGCCAAUGGAUGUACAGAAACAUCCAACGACAAUUACGUGAUGUCGGCAGUUCUCAAUUUCCCCGAUUCUGUAGCCCUUGGAAGUAGACCUUGGUUCUUUUCCCAAUGUUCAAUCAAUUUUUUUAAAACUCACUUAGCUUCAGCAAAUUGUGUUGCUGACAAUAGCUACGGUGGAGGGUCUUUGAUACCGUCUGAUUUAGCUGGACAGGCUUUGAAUGCAGAUGACCAAUGUCGUGAGAGGUAUGGCGCCAGCUCCUACCUUUGCAGGACCGUCAAUGACUAUACGGAUGCCGAUGGUUUUGCGGAUCUAUGUUUUAUUGCAUUUUGUUCUACCGGUGGCACUUGCAGGGCCAUUUUCCCACAACGAUAUACUACCUGCGGCAACAAAAAGUGGUGUAUCGAAGGCACAUGUGUUGCAUCAGCUGCUGCACCAGCAACAGCUGGAAACUUGGGAUAUGUGCAAAUUAAACUACUGUCUACCUCAGCAAGUGAUUAUACCAGAGAGAAACGGGCUGCCGGUCACAUGCCGGAACAUCUGGCUUUUGAAGUCGACUCGCCACUUGAGAAACACGUGCUUAGAUUGACACGCAGUAGCGGCAUUCCUACCUACAUCGCCAGCGCGAGCGGCACGACAGAGCUUACGAAUGAUGCACGGGACCAUGCUGUGUAUGUGGAUAGAAGUCGACGAUCUGUUGUGAUGGUUAAACGAUCAGCCCCUAGCACAGAUAAAUACACUUUGACCGGGGAACUACAACUAGCCGAUACAAUGGUCCAUAUCGAACCAUCCUCGCGACCCAGAAGAUCCGAAAAUGUCAGUCAGGACUUAGAUGAAAAGAUCAAUGAGCACUCCAACCCGGAAGGACUUCACACCAUUCUGAAGGCUUCUCCAAUUUAUCAUGGAAAUGAUGCUCGGGAAAAGGCCGACAGAAAGAAGAGAAAUGUCUUUGAGAACAUGAAGACUUACGUGGACGAUAAAAUCCGAAGAGUGAAAAGACAAACUUCUGUAUAUACUGUUGAAUUGUGUAUAAUCGCUGACUUCUCUGUUUACAGUCAUUUUUUUGGAAUAUCUAAUGAUAUCGCUUUAACGUUUACUGCCAUUAGAAAUAUAUACAGCUUCUAUGCAGAACAGAUCAAGGUUCGGUAUGAUAAUGUGAAUAAGGUUGAUAGUACUAUUGAUAUCAACAUCGUCAUUUCCGGUUUAGUUAUUUUGGCGGAGGCCUCUCUAUCUGGCUUCAGUGAGACCAACAAAAAUGGCAAUGAACUGGACGCUGGUGUUGCUUUGGAUGCUUUUGAUGUGUACGUUGUGAACCCACCAACUGGGGUCACUCUUCCAUUAAGUGAUCAUUACAUGGUCUUCACAAGGUACGAUCUUACAUCUACAGGUUCCACACCUCCCAAUGCAAACGCAGGUCUGGCUAACCUUGGUACAUUAUGUGACCAGGUCACCACGACAAAUGAAGCAACGUCGAUUGUAGAAGAUUACAAUACUGCCGGAGUCGGUGCUAUAGCGGCUCACGAAUUAGGACAUGGUUUAAGUGCUGAACAUGACGAUCCUACGAACGGCUGUAUGGAAACCACCGGUGAUAACUUUGUGAUGUCGGCGGUUCUUAGUUUUCCUGAUUCUGUAGCCGUUGGAAACAGACCCUGGGUAUUCUCCGGAUGUUCUAUCAACUUUUUUAAAACUUACUUAUCCUCAGCUAACUGUGUUGCUGGCAACAACUAUGGGGAUGGAGAGUUGGUACCAGAUGUAUUAGCAGGCCAAUUUCUUAAUUCUGAUAUGCAGUGUAAAAGGAGAUACGGCCAAGCAUCUUAUUUUUGCAGGAAUGUGGAAACCUAUCAGGAUGCAGAUGGCUUUGUGGAGAUGUGUUACACGACGUAUUGCUUCAUUGGUGAUGGAUGCAGUGCUAUCUUUCCACAACGUUACACCACUUGUGGUAAUAAAAAGUGGUGUAUUGAAGGUCAAUGUGUUCAGUCAGCUAUGGCGCCAGAAACGCCUGGAAAUUCAGACACGUGCCCUCAAGGUGACCAAUCAGGUUCUACAUGUACAGACGCCAACUGUUUAUCUGGUGAUCUCAGAUGUUGUGGAUUUUGCGCCAUUACCAUAGACAACACCAGCCCAGUUACCAGUCCAGCGACUAGCCCAGUUACCAGUCCAGCAACUAGCCCCAUUACCAGCCCGGUUACCAGCCCAAUUACCAGCCCGGUUAUCAACCCAAUUACCAGCCCGGUUACCAGCCCAAUUACCAGCCAGACAACCAGUCCAACUACCAGUAUAGCUUCCGUGUGUAAUGGUGUCGCCGUGUUUGAUUGGUUGGAAGAUGAAAUUCAGUCUGUGCAGUUCUAG